ACGCAGACUGCACACACGGAUUACAAUCUCAUACAUCCUCACCUACCUCUCCUUCAUCUUAGAGCUUGAGUUUGGGUGCGUGUGUGUUUUUCAUGUAGUAACACUGAAUAUCCACUAUCAGGCAAUGUUACACUUUGUCUGAUAGCGACAGUGGACUUUUCCUGGCUCUCUGAGAAAGUUCUCCUCUCUCUCUUUCCAGUACUUUCUGGUUUCUUCUCCCUGAGACUCUGCAGCUGACUGACAGCGUCCACACUGACCCUGCAGUGGAAACUACUCUGUCUUUCUUCACUUCUUAUCCCUUACCCCGUGCAGCGAUCCUUAGCUCGGAUCCAGUUUGAGAAAGCUGUUGUGCGUCGACUGCUGAAGGCUUUUGAAGGGACUGCGUGCGUUUGACUGUACGUGAGUCAGUAUGCCAUGUCGUCCCCUGGCUCGUCGUUUGUACAGAUAAAGCAUGAGGACUUGCUUUUCUAUGAGAACUGUGGAGGAGGCAGCUUUGGGAGUGUUUAUAGAGCUGUCUGGAUAUCCAAAGACAAAGAAGUGGCUGUGAAGAAGCUUUUGAAAAUCGACAAAGAGGCUGAGAUUCUCAGUGUCCUGAGUCAUAAGAACAUCAUUCAGUUUUAUGGAGCUGUGCUGGAAUCUCCCAACUAUGGCAUUGUCACAGAAUAUGCAGCUGGAGGGUCUCUGUACGAGUACCUUUCCAGCGAGCAGAGUGAGGAGAUGGACAUGGAGCAGAUCAUGACAUGGGCCAUACAGAUAGCCAAAGGGAUGCAUUAUCUCCAUGCGGAAGCUCCUGUCAAAGUAAUUCACAGAGACCUUAAGUCACGAAACGUUGUGAUGACGGCAGACAGAGUGCUGAAGAUUUGUGACUUUGGUGCAUCAAAGUUCCUGUCUCACACCACUCAUAUGACGGUGGUGGGCACGUUUCCCUGGAUGGCUCCUGAAGUUAUCCAGAGCCUACCUGUCUCUGAGACCUGUGAUACCUACUCCUACGGUGUGGUGCUUUGGGAGAUGCUCACUCGGGAGGUUCCCUUCAAAGGUUUCGAGGGACUGCAGGUUGCAUGGCUGGUGGUGGAAAAGCAAGAGAGGCUGACGAUUCCCACCAGCUGUCCACAAAGUUUUGCCGAGUUGAUGAGGAAAUGUUGGCAAGCAGACCCAAAGGAACGACCGCAGUUUAAGCAGGUACUGGUGACCCUGGAGACAAUGGCAAACGACAGUCGGCUACCGGACCAGUGUAACUCUUUCCUUCAUAACAAGGACCAGUGGAGGUGUGAAAUUGAGUCGACCCUGGAGCGCCUCCGGAAGCUAGAGAGGGAGCUUUACUCCAAGGAAAAGGAGCUGGAGGAGAGGGAGAGGCGGCUCAAACUGUGGGAGGAGCGGCUGAUGGAGAGGUCUAACAGGACCCCUAGUCCAACCUCUCUCCUCAUGGAGCGCUCAAAUCUCUCACCUUUCUUCAAUCCGAUAUCGAUCGGCUCCUCUGGUUCGUUCUUCCGCUCCCACUCUCAGGACUCCAACAGCACCGGGGUCAACAGUGCCGGGGUCAGCAGCGCCGGGGUCAGCAGUCUCUUCCGCACUCUCAGCAACGGCGACACCGAGAGGGGAAGCAGUGCUACGCUGGAGAGGGGGAUGGGUUCGAUCGACAGCGGGAGGCUGCAUGCUAUGCUCCGUGGGUUGCAGGGAGGGUUUGGAGAGGAAGAUGAUGAGGAAGAAGGAACUAUAGAGGAGAAGGUCUGGGGACAGAGGGAACAAAAAGAUAGUGGCAGCUUGGAAGGAGGACGGGUUCAGGUGACACUCAGGAGCUUCCCAGGGGGCGUGGUGGAGAGGGAGGAGAGGACAUGGGAGGAGGGGGACAAGGAGAGAGGGGGGAUGCAGAGGAGCAGAGUGACCACCAUUGUUCGAGGAUACUCGGGAGGAUUUGGGGAAGCAGAGGAAGAGAAUGGCAAGGAGGGAGGAUGGGAGAUAGAAAAACACGGGGACAGGUUUGAGGAAAAAGCAGUGGAGGGAGGGCACGAAGGAGGGAGGCUGCCAACGAUGUUUAAGGGUCUCCACGGGAGCUUGGGGGGUUUGGGAGACAUGCUCUCCUUAGAUGUCGAUGAGCUCGAUGAUAUGGAGAAACUAGGUGACAUGGACAUCAACAUGAACAUGGGUGACCUGGGAGGGAUGAAGGUGGUAGGUCAUGGCGUCAGGAGCGAGGUGGGGGUCAGGGGUCGCCGGAGCGACGUGGGAGUCGUGGUCCAGGGAGUCAGGGGCGAUCUGAGUGAGGCCAUUAGCCAAAAGAUUAGAGGGGAAAUGGGUGUCAUCGGUCACUCUGGGAUGCAGGUGAGCAUGCGAGCAUCCUCAAACCAGAACUCUGUGAAGAGCUGCAGCGUGCGACAUGGAACCAAGAUCAACAUGGCAGCAAAAGCCAUGGACAUGAUGGAGCUCGACUGGUCUGAUAGCGACUAGAAAACACAUUUACAAGAACACGUGCAGAAAACACUAAAAUCUAUGCAAAAAAAAGGCCAAACCAUUUGCAAUAGAAUGUGCAUUACAGUCUUCAAAUGAAUUUUUUUUUAAA